GGAUAUUACCCCUUACGUUUUUUUACAAUUUUUUUCAAAGCGCGAGUCUAUUUUCAAUGAGUCAGAACAAUUCUGAUGCAACAUGCCAGCGAUAUGAUACACAACGAAGCCAAUAAUGCGGCUUUACGGAAAUGCGUCAUCGAGGGAUCGAGGGGGAAAGAUGCGUAAACCGUAUACAGGCAUUUCUCUAAGAAAAAGAGAGAGAUUCUCAAACCAAAGGACGUCGGUACCACCGAGAUCCCAAUAAUUAACAACUCGCAUAUCUGCUUUGACAAUAGUGUCCCUAUUCUUAUCGUCAACGUACCGUCAAUAAAAUCGAUCGUACGUUUCGCCUUUUUCAAAUUUACAAUGCGGCGCGGGAAGGGAAUCGCAGGGGUGUUGAGAACCCCUGGACGCGGAGUGACGCAUGAAGUUAUCCGCAUCGAGCGACGGACGAAUUCUCGACGGUGAUUGGCGUGCGGAUCCUCACGCUCGGCCAAUCGCGGCGCAACACGUUCCAGGUAUCUCUACCCUCUAGCAACCGAGCGUCGGUCUGUUGCGUCAGGUUUCCUCAGUUUACUCGCGUCCGUCAGGUUGUAUGGUUGUUUGGGUUCUUUCGUGCUCGUUUCGCACGACGAGUUGUUGCCCGGGCGGGAUUCGGAUUACCACGGAGGAUCGAAAACACGGCGGUGGAAUCGUCGUAACGUAGUUAUAGCACGAGAGCUUACCUCGAGAAAGUAGGACGCUCGACGCGUCACAUCGCAUGGCGGAUUAUGAGCUCCGUGAAGAGUGUCAUCAUCACCCUGCCUAAGGGAGUGCCGAAGGCGGUCCCGCGGAACGAGCCGUCGCGCAGCGCAUUGUCCAAAUUGAAUUUCACGACGUCGAUCCUGGUAGACAAAGUGAAGAUGGAGGGCAGGAAGGUCGAUCAGCAGCAGCAACAGCAACAGCAACAGGAGGAGAUGCACGACGGCGGCGUCGACGUCGCGGCGCUCCUCGAGCCUGUGGUGCGCGGGAAGAAACGUCGCCUGGAUCAUCUGUCGUGGGAGGAGAAGCUACAGAGAAAGAAACUGAAGAAUCGAGUGGCCGCCCAGACCUCGCGGGACCGCAAGAAGGCCAGAUUAGACGAACUCGAGGAGACGGUGAGGAUGCAAAAGGAAAGGAACGAGUUACUCACACAGGAUUGUACGAUGCUGAGGUCACAGAAUGACCUACUGAAGUCACAGAACGAAUGGCUGCUAAACGAGAACAAGAGGCUCAGGGACGAGAGGGACGCAGUGAGGAACACGCUCACGGAUCAGCAACAGCAACCGAUCUGCUCCGCCUGUCGAGCCCGUGUCGACGGUGCUGUACCUUCGCUGGGAUCUGCAGUAUCCCCCAAUAACCCUCUGCCGCAGGGUGGGACAGCACAGUCGGCAUCGCGCCCGACGCGGACGCCCGAAGUAACCGUACUGCUGAACUUUCUGACCUACUUCCUCUUGACGAACUGUUUAGCGCUUUCCAAAGUGACGACGCCGAGCGACUCGAAGAGCUGGCGGAGAGCCUCCUACGAGAAGUUGGCACAGAGAUUGAGGCAAACCCUCAUAGAUCAAAUGAACAAGUGUCCGUCAACGAAGCUCCCGUUAAAAAAUCUGACCGUCCAGAAACAUUGGUGGGGCAGACAUCAGAAAAUGUGGAAACCAAUAGAACCGGUGGAAGCGUAGAUGACAGCGUAUCAUCCAUCGUAGAUUCACGAAGUACGUCCAAUUGGCUGCUCGCGGACGUCUGCGACACAAGCAGCGUGACGUCGAUCAAGACCGAGGCUGAGAUCAAACGGGAAUCCGAGAUAACGUCGGACC